GAGAAGGACCAUUCAAAGUCAAAUGUCCAUGUUCAGCUUGUUGGUGAUAAAGUGGUAGGUGCACCAAUGCUCAGCAGUAUGUUUAGCAGCUUGAUCCAUUUACCGAGCUACAGUCAGUGCUUAGAGGGGAAAGAUCCAGUGCCUUCAUUGACUCACCCAAGAUGGAGGGGGAUGGCUCAGCAACGCCUGGAAACUCUUCAGCAGCUUGCUGCAGCUCAAUCUUCUCUUCAGUUACCUCAAAUUGUGUAUGAAGAUCCUGAAGUUAGUGGAAGGAAUCGCUACAAAUAUUUUGCACGACCUCGAACCCCUUCCAAUAAGCUGCUUCCACUAAAUGUUGCUUACGAAGCUGCAAUGACAGAACCCUGUGUCCAUUCAGCUACAAGCAACAGCAAGGCCUGUGGACCCAUGCUACGAACAUUGGGCACACAGACAGAUUACAGGGAUGGUGAAGCCCAGACAGAUCCCUAUUCCCCUGAAUACAUAGUUCCCAGUGGCUCAAUCCCUGAACUUCUGAUGCUUGCUACGCUUGCCUGGGGUCGGGGGCUGCCAGCAGGACUAGCCGAGGUGGAGAUGAUUGAACGUGCCCGGGAAAAACGUGCAUGGGAAGCAAAUCUUCCAGCCAUGGACAGUGCUUCAAAUAUCACAAAGAGGAGGAAGAUGAUGGAUCAUAUGGAGAGAAAGGAGUGGGCCUUUAGAGAACAGGAAAUAGAAAAGUUGCAGGAGGUUCGACUGGAAGUCUUAAAGAAGCUGCUGCAAAGGCAAGAAGAGACUCAGAAUAAGGUGAAUGCCAAACGCUUGGAUUACCACUGGCAAAAUCAUCAGAAGGCUAAAGAAGAGAAAAUAAAAAAGAUUCAUCGUGACUGCGCACUGAUGCUCAGGAAACUGAUAGCUAAGAGGAAGAAUGUGAUGGGGAAGCUGGAGAGACGAGAUAUCAUCAAAGAAUAUACUGAUUUUGCAUCACAAAUAUAUGCUCCUUUGUCUAGAAAUGGUUAUUUCCCAGACAACCAUUCUGAACGCUACGUGGUAAAAAGCUUCUAUCUUGACACCUUUGCAGGACUUUGUGAACUGGAAGCAUCUCUCCCAGAUUACAUCACCCAGGUCAAGAUUAAAGCUCCAAAACCUAAGUACAAUGCCACUGAGACUGGAUAUAUUAAAAGAUCAGCAAGGCUAGAAGUGACACUGGCACAAGUUCACCAGGCACUACUGGAGAAGAAGAAUAAAGUCAAGGAGCCAAAGAAGCCUCUCAGUUUCCUAGAAAAAGUAGAAAAGCCUAUUCCUCGCCCACCCACUCCAGUCCUGGAAAGUCCAUCAAUUGAGGAAGAGGAAAAAGAACUGGCAGUGAUCUGUCUGCAGAAGUUGCUCCGAGGCAGAGCUAUCCAGAACAUGAUGUUUGAAGAAAAGGAGAAGCGUGUGGAACUGAUCCAAGAGCUGCGCACCACUCAUGCACUCCAGGAGGAUGGACAGCUGCUUUUGAAGGCAGAGGCUGAAAUGGUGCUGGCUCUGCAGCAGCAGCAUAACUUGCAAAUGGACAAGCUGUCAUCCAUAGAAAACCACUUGGCUAGGGAAGAAGGAAGGGCACUGGCAAACAUAUUUGAUUUCCUAUCCAAAGAGCUGGUUAGGCUGCAAGAAGAGCGGAAGAUCCACGCUUUUGUCAUGCUGGCUGAGAGGGAGAGGCGGAUGCGGGAAGCGGAGGAGAGUGGACGUCGUCAGGUGGAAGAGAGGCGACGUCAGGAAGCAGAUGAGAUUUUCAAACAGGUGGUGGAAGUGCACCAGCACACUAUUGACUCCUACUUGGAAGAUAUUAUCCUAAGCAGCAUAGAGCAGGCAGCUGAAGAGCGAGCCCGGGAGGAGGUUCAGAGAAGAGCUGUGGAAAUCAAUGACAUUGCGUACGAAAUGGAACGUCGUCGAACUCGCCUACAGUCAGAAGAGAUUGUAGCAGAGCUGGUUUAUGAUUUCCUGAUCCCAGAAGCUGAGAAAAUGUCUAUCAGAGAGAAAGUGAGGCAGUCCCAAAGAAAACACAUGUAUGCUGCUCACCAGAUCGUCCACAGGGGUGCAGAGAAGCUACUGGCUGAUCUGGCAGUACCUCAGGAGACAUCUGACAGCAAGAUAAAGGGAGAUCCUCCUGCUCGGACAGCUAGUGCUGCUCGGAGUGGGACAGCUGCUGAACCAAGUGCAGGUGACAGCAGUUGCUCUGCCCCAGGUGCACAAGAACCAGCUGAACUUCUGUGCGAAGAAAGGCUAGGAGAGACAGCAGUGAACCCUUCCAGUGGAUCUGACAAGGAUCCCACAGCCUCCUAG